GUUUGUAGAUGGAGUGCUUGGAGCGUCACGCAACAAGGUGCUUGUUCAGUGACAUGCGGCACAGGAUCACGAACAGUUACACAAACUAGAACUAAGAUAUACUCGAUUUCGAAUUUUGGAAAUCCAGAGUGUAUCGGGUCUCCUAUUAACCAGCGUGUCGUACCUUGUACAAAUCCAAUUUGUGGGAGACGAGUAUGUACAUGGAGUGCUUGGGGCGUCACACAACGAGGUGCUUGCUCAGUGACAUGCGGCACAGGAUCACGAACAGUUACACAAACUAGAACUAAGAUAUACUCGAUUUCGAAUUUUGGGAAUCCAGAGUGUAUCGGGUCUCCUAUUAAUCAGCGUGUCGUACCUUGUACAAAUCAAAUUUGUGACAGACGAGUAUGUAGAUGGAGCGCCUGGACCGUUACGCAACGAGGCGCUUGCUCAGUGACAUGCGGCACAGGCACACGAACAGAAACACUAACUAGGACUAAGAUAUUCUCAAUUUCGAAUUUUGGGAAUCCACAGUGUGUUGGGUCUCCUAUCAACCAGCGUGUCGUGUCAUGUAUAAACCAACGGAAUCCCGUUUGUCCCCCUCCCCAGAGACGAGUUUGUACAUGGAGUGCAUGGAGUGUCACACAUCAAGGCGCAUGCUCAGUCACGUGUGGCACAGGAUCACGAACAGAAACACAAACAAGAUCUAAGAUAUACUCGUUUUCCAAUUUCGGGAAUCCAGAAUGUCUCGGGUCUGCUGCAACAGCGUAUUGUAGCUUGUACAAAACCAAUUUGUCAAACAAUAGCGUGUCGCUGGGGUGCUUGGGGACCCUGGGUCUACGGGACGUGUGUAAGAAAUGCAUUACCCCCGACUCUAACAUGCCUUGCACCUGGAACGACACCUUGCCAACGAACCCGUCAGUGUGUCUGCUUUGGCAAACGAACUACUGGUAUUAUACAACAAAACUGCAUCGGAACUCCGAUAGAGCGUAAAACAGGGCCAUGCUGUGUAAGUCUACCCCCACCCACUCCUACACUACCAACCACACCCCCUCCUGGAUGUCCCGCCCAAACCGUGUGAAACCUGGAGUGAUUGGUCAGAAGUGCCGGGUCAUUGUGAUCCCCCUCCUAAUUGCACCCCGCUACUUAUUGGUAAACGUGAUGUGCGAGACGCUCAUCCAUUCGAUAAACGUAUCGCAGUGUGUGUCAUCACUAAAUGGACAUGCAAAUUAAAAAGAGAAUGUACCCCAUGCCCAGGAGCAACUACUUGUACAGGAGAUAAAGAAAAAAUUGAAACUCGACUGUGUUGCAAGAAAGAAUAAACCACAACUUAGCCCUGCCACCACUGAUAUAGCAAACUCUGGGCAAUGGUGAAGUUAGGAGCCUAACAAAACCAACGAGAGAUUUAACACAUUGCAUCUUACUGGAACAUAUUCGGCUAGAUAUAUUAAAUAAAAAU